GACGGUGCACUAGGUUUAUUUACAUAAGUCAUCUAAUAAAACAGUCGGAUGAGCAAGAGAGAACCACUGCAUUUUUAUUCCUCGCUUAUUACUCAUUAACGCAGACCUCGGAUUUAUUAUGGAUGUUUGUGGACUUAAAUGUCAGCAUAUACAAUAAUCAGAUCCAAAAACGUCAUGCUGUUACAGAAGUUGGCACGCUAACUGUAAGUAUUUUAAUUACCGAUCAGGUUUUUGCUUUCCUGUUACUACAGCGUCGUUUUAACACUGGCGUACUUUCCGGGGUAACCGUAUAUAACAGAAGUUGUACGAAAAUCGGAGCUUGAGAAAGUGCUUAGUCUGCUGAAAGUGCUUCUUUUUUUAUCAGAACGGCCGCAUAUUCAAUGAUUUUACGAAAAUAAAUGGACACCAUUUGCUAAUUGUAACGAAUAAUUUGCUUUGAGGCUUCUCACUCUCUCUCUCCUUCUCUUCUCGCGCAGUCCUUUCAUCCCCUCCCCUUUGUCUCCUCCUCUGCUCCGUUUCUCAUGAUCUGGCUGUCAGUCAGCGCUCCCGUUGGCGGGGAAGAGAUUGAGAGUUAAAUAUUCAUUCUUCUGUCCGAACAUUAGAGCUGGAUGAAGAAUCUGAACCAGUUAUUUGCUCUUCCGAAGAGUAUUCAGUUAACAAUUCGUCUUGUCUCUGAAUUUUCACGCCUCCAGCAAAUGUGAUCUGUUCUCUUUUCACCGGCUUGUGAAGGUAGAAGUCCACAAGUCCAGGAGGAGGACAGAAGAACUGGAGGACAUAUCGCUUCCCGGUCACUUUAAAGGAAACACAACAAGAAAAAUGAGUGUGAAAAGAAGCGAGCUCUACCCUUGUUAAAUUGUGGCCUGAGGUGCACCGGCGUGAAUUCCUAUAAAAUCCAGACGCACUACAGCCAGCGAAUCCCGGAAUACUGGCCGGCUCCUCUCUCUCUCUCUCUCUCUCUCUCUCUCUCCCUCCCUCUCUCUCUUUCUCCCUCUCUCUCUCUCUCCCUCCCUCUCUCUCUUUCUCCCUCUCUCUCUCUCUCUCUCUCUCUCUCUUCAUCUUUCCUAUUCACUCUUGCUACAUCUGUCUUAUCUUUCCCUCCUUUCUCGCACUCAAUCAUACACCCUCACACCCACGUCAGGCGCGCAGAGAAGUAGCUUUCAGCUCCAAGUCGAGCAGAUUUCAGCCUGCCUGAAGCAAACAGAACUUCAGCCCUGGAUUCAAUACUUUUAAUCAAUGGACAGAGCCUGCUUCCCAACCAGUCGAGGCACAGACAUACCAUAAGCAGUGCAUACCCUCUGCUGGGAGCUCCCCCUGGUGGUUGGAGGGGGAUGGAGCGGGGUAGCGAGAGCCCCCGGCUACGGGAGAGUCCUGAGAGGCGCGGUGGUAGCCCAGACCUCAGCGGGCCCCCACCUGGCAAGAUGGGUCGACUGGAGCUCAACGGAAGUCCCCCAGGGCCACGGAGUCGCCACAAUGGAGCCGCGCUAAAGUCCUUGGGAGGUCUGAUGAUUCCCGUCUUCUGCGUGGUGGAGCAGGUGGAUGGUGCAGUGCCCUCAGACGGAGAGGGCCGCGAGGAGCAUGCAGAGUUCGUCUUGGUGCGCAAGGACAUCCUCUUCACCCAGCUGGUGGAGACGGCCCUGCUGGCCCUGGGCUACUCCCACAGCUCAGCAGCCCAGGCUCAGGGAAUCAUCAAAGUUGGCCGAUGGAACCCGCUUCCUAUUCACUACCUGACCGACGCCCCCGAGGCCACAGUGGCGGACAUGCUGCUGGACGUCUACCACAUGGUUACCCUCCGGAUCCAGCUGCAGAGCUUUGCCAAGCUGGAGGACCUGCCCUGGGAGCAGUGGAACCACGCCACCGUGCGCAACGCCCUCAAGGAGCUGCUCAAGGAGAUGAACCAAAACAUGCUGGCCAAGGAGUGCCCACUCUCCCAGAGCAUGAUCUCCUCCCUAGUAAACAGCUCAUACUAUGCCAACGUCUCCAGCACCAAGUGUCAAGAGUUUGGUCGCUGGUACAAGAAGUACAAGAAGAUUAAAGGGGAAUACUUGGAUAAGAUGUGGCCAAGUCGGGAAAACUUGGAAAUCAAAGUGGAGAGAGACAGCCUGGCCGACUUCUGUGUCCUUGGGCAGCGCCCCCCCCCCCACCUGGCUGGCCUGUCCCAGCUGGGCUCCCUGGGGGGCAGUGGCUCCCUGGUGAAGACUGGAUCGGGUGAUCCCCAGCCCCCUACCCAGCAGCCCCAGCAGCCCCCAUCCCAGCAGCCCCAGCAGCCGUCGGCCCACGGCCAGCUCCACCACAGCCCUCCCUUGCACGGCCAGGUGCCCCCGCCAGCCGCACUGCAGCCGCUGCUCACCCCCGGGGGGCUGCUGUCCCCCCAACUCAGCCCUCAGCUGGUGCGCCAGCAGCUGGCCAUGGCGCAUCUCAUCAAUCAGCAGCUGGCCGUCAGCCGGCUCCUCGCCCACCAGCACCCACAAGCCCUCAACCAGCAGUUCCUCAACCACCCGCCCAUCCCACGGCCCGGAAAGCCCGGCGAGCCCGGGGGAAACCCCUCCUCCGUGGAGGUCUCACCCGACAUCUACCAGCAGGUCCGCGAAGAGCUGAAGAGGGCCAGCGUCUCACAGGCCGUGUUUGCGCGCGUGGCCUUCAACCGGACACAGGGCCUGCUGUCGGAGAUCCUGCGCAAAGAGGAGGACCCACGUUCCGCAUCGCAGUCUCUACUGGUCAACCUGAAGGCCAUGCAGAACUUCCUGAACCUGCCCGAGGGGGAGCGCGAUCGCAUUUACCAGGAGGAGCGUGAGCGUAGCAUGAAUCCGCCCGUGGGCCUGCCGUCCACCCCUGUCUCCUGCACGGGAGGGGCUCGCUUGGCACAGCCAAAGGUUCUGGUUCCCAGUCCCGACUUACCAUUGAAGAUGGACUGCCACAUAAACAUCACGUCAUCUAUCUAUGAUGAGAUCCAGCAGGAGAUGAAGAGGGCAAAGGUCUCCCAGGCACUAUUUGCCAAGGUGGCUGCCAACAAGAGCCAGGGCUGGCUGUGCGAGCUGCUGCGCUGGAAAGAGAACCCGAGUCCGGAUAACCGCACCCUCUGGGAGAACCUGUGCACCAUCCGCCGCUUCCUGAACCUGCCGCAGGCCGAGCGGGACCUAGUGUACGAGGAGGAGUCCCGACACCAUCACAACGAGCGUCUGCACACUGUGCUGCACCUGCCCUCCGACCCCCAGGCACUGCACAGACAGCCCUCCCAGGUAUUGAAGGACCCUUCUCCCAUUCGUGAGGAUCCUUUGCCCAUCCCUCUGCCCAGUAUGGGGGGAGAAGAAGGGGCCCAGACGGGGGGAGGUGUAAGCAAGAAGCCACGUUCGCGUACAAAGAUUUCCCUAGAAGCCCUUGCUAUCCUGCAGAGCUUCAUCCAGGAUGUGGGUCUGUACCCCGAUCAGGAAGCAAUCCACACACUGUCUGCCCAGCUCGACCUGCCCAAGCACACCAUCAUCAAGUUCUUCCAGAACCAGCGCUACCAUGUGAAGCACCAUGGCAAGCUGAAGGAGCAUGCUGAGGGAGGAGGCGUGGAUGUGUCGGAGUACCGCGACGACGAGCUCCUCUCGGGCUCCGAAGACACAGAGUCCAGCGAGGACAGCAACGAAGAGCUCUAUGGCGGAGAGGGUGGAGCAGCCAGUGUCCGGCCGGAAGAGGGGAAAGACAAAGGCCAGGCCACAGCCACACGCCCCAGUUCUUUGCCCCCCAGUAACACCUCCUCUAGCCCACGGGACACCGAGCAUCAGAGAUAAUGCAGCAGAAAUUUACCAAGGGACAGGGAACUGCAAGACAAAACAGGGUUUCCAUGUUGAGUUUGACAGUGGUGGUGGGUGCAGAGACCUUAGGAGAUGCUCAGAGAGAUGGGUGACAAGCAGACAUGCGGAGAGGCUCACAGAGUCACCAUUAUGGAGGAAGAGUGAUACCUCAGAAGAUAAACUGUGGAGUCGUGUGUGAUGGAGAAAGCUGGGUAGACGAAUGGCUGUAUUACCAUGCAUUUGGAGUGGGAGCAUAGUAAAAAUGUGCUGAAUUCCUGAACAACUUACCAGUAGCCGUUUCUCAUCUUCUGAUCCUUUUACUAUGUUCACCAAGACAGCCAUUACCCCAACUCAGUGUUUGACUGGAACAGGAUAUUCAGGUAGACCUGCUCAAGAUAAUACUGAAAAGUCCCCCCUUUUUCAGGCAUCUGCCGCAGUUUUCUGCUGGCCGUAACAUUUAGAGAUAUCUUAAGGUUGCACACGUUUAGACUUAAAAAAAAAAAAUACGAAAAACACAAGCGAAACAUUUCAGUAAGUUGUACCUGCAGUGAUUUCAAUACUAUACAGCAGGGUUCUUCAACUCUGGACCUCGAUUCCAAAUCCAGGCCGUGUUUUCAGUUCUCCCAGGUAGUUGUUUAAUAAUUACUGCUUCUGAUUGGUCAGAGGCUUCACACCUGACUGACAGGUAAAGGAAGGCUGGAAAACCAGCAGUGCUCGGACCUCGAGGACCGUGAGUUGAAUAACCCUGCUAUACAGGGACACGGUGAUGGGUCUUUCUGGAUAAAGUCAAGAGUUAGAUAACAGGUUUUCCAAAGCCCACAAUCAAGCUUGACAGUGUUUGGAAAAUAAAAAGACCUUCAUCUCUACUCUGUACACCAUCCAAUUGCCCAUCAACCUCUAUUCCAUUGUUUCCCAGCCUCGUCCUCAGGUACCCCCCAAACAGUCCAUGUUUUUGCUCCCUCCUAGUUCCCUGCCAGUCAGUCCACAUUUUUGCUCCCUUCCAGCUCCCAGGAGUCCCUGAGGGCCAAGUUGGGAAACACUGCCCAAUACUGUAUGCAUAGGAAGAGGAGUGACCUGAAGCACUUACAUUCAGAUAGGCUUCUAACCUUUCCCUACAUCCUGCACUUUAUAAGGAUCCAUUUCAGUGACAAACUUCACGCUUCACUCCCGCCUGUCCCCCAAACAGGCUCUGUCUCUCUCAGCUCCAAAUGUCCAGUGUGAAAACCUGCUGUGUCCUGCUGUAUUUCCAGUAUCUCCUUCAAACCCUGGGAUUCAUUCACUUUGCUCACCAUUGCAAAGAGCUACUAAGAGACAAACCCAGUGGAGAUGCUUCACGAGGAUGUGUAUGGAGAAAACAUGAGUAAUAUCUACUUAAGGGGACGUGGUUCCUCACAUGUGACCAAGUACUUCUUCCUCCAGAUUGCCUCUGCCGCUCGCUCCUUGUUGCCCAGGACAGUUUUCUCUUUGCCACCAGAUCACCCAAGAGUUUACAGCAGAAAGAGGCAUUUAACGUGAACGCUGAGGACACAGGACCCAGUGAGCAAACAGUCUGGCCAAUUAUGUGUGCUGGUUCUAUUGCCGUCGCUCUCCCUGUCUCUUUGCUCUUUUUCACUCCAGCUUGAUCCCACGCUUUCCAAUUUUACCACAUCUACCCACACUUAACUCCACAUCCCUAUUUAUUACUAUCUUUAUCCAUGAUUAUAAUUGUUAUUGUUAUUAUUAUUGUUAUUACAGUUGCUGUUGUUGUGUUAUUUCUAUUUUUGUCUACUAUUGGUUUUCAGUGUGUGGUAGUUGUCCUGGAAAUGAGAGAUAUUUAAAGGGAAAAAUCUAAAUAUAACAGGAAAAAGAGGUAGUUACUGAGGAUAUUAAAUAACCCAUGUAAUGCUGUAUAUUACCAGUUCUAUCUAUAUACUUUUCCAAAGAGAAUACAAAUGAACAGAAUUAAAUCCAAAAGAAUUUAAAUAAGAAAUAAAAGAUACAUCGGCUGCAGAUGUUGACAAUCGCCAUUUUGAGCCAAUCACAGAUGAUAGGCUCUCUCUCUAUAAAUAUAUUUAUAUUAUAAGUAUAACUGUGUGUAUGAAUCAAUGUUAGACUUGCCUACAUGAGUGAAAGAAAGGGUCUUUCAGAUCCUGCUCUGAUUGGUUAUCCAGAGUCAGCUGCUACCUUUUCAUGCCCUCAUCUAUCAUGACACAUGUGUGUCAGUGAUCAGAAUCACGGAAAAAUACUAAAUCAUAUCUCUUUCAUUGUUUUAAAGUUCACAGCCUGGCAUACAUGACAUACCAAGACAUUGCUUUUAAAUCAGGGAAACUGUGAAAAUACAUAAUCGCAAUUUGGCACACUGAUAUGCUGCCUACGUAAUAAUAUUUAUCCCUGAGAUUACAAUCGUUUCUUAUUUAUAAAAUCAUGAAAAAAUGGCUUUUAAAAGUGGUAAUUAAAUUAAGAUUCCUUUCCUUGACUCUGGGUUUAGGUCGUCGUCUUAUCAAAUGAGAGAUUUUACUAAAUAGGGCCACUGCCUUUCCGUGCUGUCAUUAAGCACUGCGGUGCAGUGACUUAAUAAAUCAUAGUGGAAAUGUGAAUGGAGAGGAAAUAAACCCAGUUUCAGAGUGAAACCAUAUGCAGAACUUCAGUAUUAGUGGUUCUCAAACUAGGUCACAACCUCAUGUUAAGGUAUGGAUCUUAUUAAUAACAAUACUAAUGCUGCAAACUUCAAUAUUUAUCGUCCAUUUCUGGAAUACGCAUUGAGUGAUUUUUAUUUGACUACGAUAUUGCCAGGAAACACAUGCAACGGUGUCAUUUUUAUUUUCUUUUUUUGAAAAUAGUCCACCAUAAUUUGAUAAGAUAAUAAAAAAAGAAACCAAAAAUGUGACUGCAUAUUCUAAAAUGACUGCAUCUCGUAAUGGUGUACUACUCUGCCUUUGUGAUUUGGUGACCUUGUGACGGAGUCAACAGUGCAGUUCAAUAACGCUAAAGAUUGACUUCCCAGACAGCUGUGGCUGACCUACAAGAAAUCAGCAAUGGCUUGUCUGCCAUGUCACACUGGGUGAAAAUAAGCCUCUCAUAAUUUACAUAUAAUUGGAUGUGUUGGUGACAUCCUUUAUAUCAUGUUUCUUAAAAAAGAGACAUGUUCCAUUCACUGCCAGUGUCUAAUAACAGCAUAGCAGAUUAUGCAGGAAAUAUUACAAAUUAUGCGUAAAACUACAAUUUAAAUGUAUUUCAUAUAUUUUUAAAUAUAUGAGUCACUAAUGUAUCCCUUGAUGGUCUACAGCUGGUUUAAAAUAAUUCUGCAGCAUAUUUGAAAAAGCAGCCAGCUAUGCUAGAUAUCAUUUAAUCAGUGGAAUGUCUAUCUGGGGGGUCAUAAAUACAGCCAUGGAAAAAAUUAAGAGACCAUGGGUGUGCAUCUGUGAAUAUUUUUAUUUUAUUUUUUGCCAACUGCAGCCUGGUUCUUCCCGGCUUCUCAUUAAUGAAGGGCUUCUUCCUUGCUUUAUGGGAAAUCAGUUCUGCUUCUAUCAGCCUGAUACAAACUGUCCUAGCAGUGCACCUCUCACCUGCACUUAAUGUUUCCCAUUCCUUUUUAAGGACACUUGAUGUCAUCCACUGUUGGAUAAGUUGGCCAUCUCUGGCAUUAGAAAGUCACUUCCACCCUUUACCUGCCUGGUUUCUGGUCAUUCCCAGUAUCUCCUCAAAUUGUUCUUGGGUUCUACUGUCUUAGAAAUUUUGCACCUGGAAGCAACCUGCUGCUCAGCAUAGCCUUCUGCCAGCAACAGAACGAUUAAACCAGUAUUUAGAAAUGCAAAUUAUAUUACAAAUAUAGAGUGGUCUCUUAAUUUUUUCCAUGGCUGUAUAUCACUUUUUCUCUUUGGGCUUACAGGGACAAAAAGUUUGAGAACCAUUGAUCUAGGCUUACCUGGAUCCAUUCAGCACAAACACUGCUCACCGCAUCAGUACUACUAUGACAAGGAAUCACUUAAUUAUAUUUCACUGUUUUCCAAAAACGUUUCGGCAUCUAUAGACAACUGUACAUCUACACUACGACUGAAGUACUUUUGACGAAAAUAUUACUGAGGGGGUUAUUUGUGUUUAAUUGUCUUGAAAUGAAAAGAAAAAGCUCAAAAUGUUACCAGGUUAGGGACUAGGCUCACCCUUAGUAUGGAGGUCCAUCUUUUCCAUCCGUUUCAAUGAGAGGCCUUACAAAAGCCACACACGUCUGGCUACUAAUAAAACACGCAUGGAAAAUGACAGUCAUUUAUGUAGAAAUUCUGAUGUUGUUGUUCCAAAAGCAUCUAGCUGUGAUCUAAAUAGAAUGAGAAUUGACAUAGAUUGCAAGCUUCUCUCGUUGCUAUUCAUUAGCCGUCCUUUUCUCUGAAGUCUAAACGCCACGGGCUGUUUAGUACUGACCUUGUAGGGUUCUUUGCUUAUUUUUUUUUUUUUACAUUUCGCCUUCGAACUAUUUCAGUACCUUUCAGAAAAGGAAGUUGUUCCCUUUUCCUGAAUCAAACUGCCUUUUUAUUUCUGAUCUUGACCCGUGUUUCCUAGCAGUAGGGUUACCGGAGAAGCCUCUAAGUCAGGUUCCUGUCACAUGCCAGUUUCUCUGUAUGGUUUGUGAGAGACGUGUGCAUCCACUGGGCUGCAUCCUGCAGUCUUACCUGUCAGUCACCCGGCACUUAGGCCAGUAGAGUCCAGACAGGCUAUUAGUAUCCCGGCAACUCCACACACCCCCCAUGGUCCCACAUGCAGAGCAGACAAACAGUGCUGAUGAAUGUCACCUCACCCCAAUUCUGCCCAAAUUGCAGUAAAGUAAAAUGGUGUGAGUGGGGGGGGGGGGGAUACCAAGCAGGCACAUACACCAGUGCUUAUGGAUGACAGGCUGUGGAGCUGUGGAGGGCGCCUAACCUGCUGUAAGCUCCCAUGCUGCCCCGUGCUCUCUGCCAGUCCUCCGCCUCCUGCCUCGCUACAGGAGGAGGGGCAGAGCAGCAGGACACCAACACUGCAGCACCCUCCUGAUGAGCGCAGUGUCAGGGUCACAUACAAUUACGCUCUCUGUCUCCGUCGUCUCCGGCUCCUAAAGGAAGAAACUUGCUUCCUUUAUGAUGUGGCGAGAUGUAAUUGGAGCAGACUGCCGUCCUGCAGUGCAAGAUUUGCUUUGAGUCAUGUGGGAAUGAAAUGCGAGGGAUUAGAGCCUCAGAGCAUUGGCACAUAUGGGCACAGGUCCUUCAUUCCAGAAUUUGUUUGUCUCGACCCAAAAAUGUGUAAACAUGGGAAAAUGCCUAAACCAAGAACUUUUGAAUUCUCUAUGUCAUUAUGCAGCCUGGAAGUAAAUAUGUUGUAUAUGUUGUAUAAACAAAAGAUAACUAAAGGAAUACACCAUAAAGAGGGAAUUAUAUUGGAUGUAUGUUGUGUACCUGACAUAAUUAAUACUGAAACAGAACAGAGAGGACCUCCAUACAUGCCUGUACAACAUACCAGUCAGAUGAUUGAAAAAUUGAGCCUUUCUAACCAGUCAAUAGCAGCUUAUUUUAAUAAUAUUCUGGGAAGCAGUACUGAGAGACCCAACUCAAAUUGACCGUUUCAUCUCUUGUAGCCACUUAGCGGUGAUGUGUUUAGUUCUGGGGUUAUCAUUUAUUGUAUUGCUUCACAAAUAAAGCACAACAGCCUGCUUCAGUACAACAGUAUACCAUGAUUGCUUCCAUCAGGAUCAGUUCUAUCACCAUCAUUGUCAUCAAAGUUUUCAUAAGUAUGAUUAUUGACAAUGUGAAUAAACAUUAUUUUAUGUGGAUCAGUCCUUUUGUUAUCUAUGGAAAUCAAAUUCAUCUUUGUUAUCACUAAGUGAUGAUUAAUUUUUAACUUAUUUGCAUUGUUAGGCUCUUAGAGUUUGUUCUUUUAAAUUUUGUUGUUUAAUUAAAAUGCAUUCAAUGAAAACCA